AUGGAUAAUGCACCGUAUCAUACGACUGUCGAAAACCCCACUCCAAAGAAGUAUUCUACAAAAAAAGUUAUGAUAGACUGGUUGAAAAACAACGGAAUACCCUGCGAUCAAAAAAUGCGAAAAGCGGAACUGUUCUCUCUUAUAGACAGUAAUCGUCCAAAGAAAAUUGUCUAUAAAAUUGAUAAUUUAAUAGAGAAAGAAGGACAUGAAGUUAUCCGACUACCCCCUUAUCAUUGCGAUUUGAACGCAAUCGAAUUUGUGUGGUCCUCUGUAAAAAGAAUGAUAAAGGAAAGAAAUGUUACUGGCGAUUUAAGUUUGGACAAUCUGAAAUCUCUUCUUCAAACAGCUAUCACUGAAGUUACUUCGGCAGAAUGGGCAGCGCAUUGCAAACACGUAGAAAAGCUUGAAAAUAAUUAUUGGGAGAAAGAUGGACUGUUAAAAGAUUUAGUGGACGAACUGUCAUUUCAAAUUGAUACCAAUGAUGAUUCUGAUUCAGAAGAAACUGAAACUUGUGAGAAUGAUUUAGAGGAUUUUGAAAUGCUUGAAUGA